AUGGAGGUAAUGGCUUCUUCUCACCUGCUCGGUAAUGCGGUGCUGCUGUCGUCUGGUCAAGAUGCUGCUGCCGCUUCUCGCGCGCCAGUCAUUAAAGUGUGUGUCACCAACGGCCUGCACCGGAGCCGACAAAUCUGGCGAAUCUGCUGCUGCUGCUGCUCGUACUUCCGGCUUCCGUCGACCUGGAUCCGGGUGUCAUUGACAAACAUGGCGGCCUCCGCGAGCGCUGCGGACGCCUCUGCCUCCGAGCCCCUGGUCCCGGCCCCGGACGGCUCUGCCGGGGGCCAGCCUGGCGUUCAGUACAGCAUGGUCCUGGAGCACCUCAUCGGGGAGAAAAGGGCCGUGAGGGACCUGAACCCCACCGUCAUGGGGGGGCUGCCGAUGCCCCCCAAAAGCGACGAGCAGAAGAUGAUAGAGAGAGGAAUGGAGAGCUGCGCCUUCAAGUCUCUGCUGGCCUGUGUGGGAGGCUUUGUCCUCGGAGGGGCUUUCGGUGUGUUCACAGCUGGGAUUGAUACCAACGUUGGCUUCGACCCCAAAGACCCCAUGAGGACUCCAACAGCCAGAGAAGUCCUGAAAGACAUGGGCCAGCGGGGGAUGUCUUACGCUAAGAACUUCGCCAUCGUGGGCGCCAUGUUCUCCUGCACGGAGUGCAUCAUAGAAUCACACCGGGGCAAAUCGGACUGGAAGAACGCUGUGUACAGUGGCUGUGUCACCGGGGGGGUCAUCGGCUUUAGAGCCGGUCUGAAAGCAGGAGUCCUGGGAUGUGGGGGAUUUGCAGCCUUCUCGGCCGCCAUUGAAUAUUACCUGCGCUGA